UAUUGUUGCACGGUAUCUUUUCCAGAAUAGGGACAACUAUACUGUUAUCGGCAGCUCAAUGGGAAGUGUGCCUCCUAGUACGUUCUGUUGUCAGGGUUAUAAUGCUGGAAAUCACAUAUCCUCCACGCCGUUGCACGAUUUGCACGGACCCUUACAUGAUAGUGCUGCUUAUUGGGAGGGAAUGCUUGCACAAGGAUGGCAGUCAUCAAACCAGCAGCUCCUGUUGGAUAUUUGCACUGACGAUGAGUAUGCAUAUUUGCCAAAGAACAACUUAUCUAUGAACAAACGAGCUCAUGUAACCUCUGUGGAUAGUAGUGAAGGAACACAAUCUUCGACUGACUCUUCUACAGCUCCAUCCGGUGUUGUUCCAACCCACUGUACUGGUGGUAUCCUAGGACUUGCUGAAGACAAUCUUCCGCCAGUCAAUCGCCCCAGUAUGGCACUAACCAUAGUUGAUCCGCAACCACGGAAGCCGACAAUACUGGAAUAUCUUACGAAGGGGAAGGGAAAGUAUCUGAUGCAGUCCAUGUUGGCCAGAAAAGGGAAAGACCCCGCAUCGACCAUAGGGGCUGUCGUCCAAACCCCAACUUCCCGGACCCCCUUCUGGAAGAGGACUCCACGGAUGAAGGCUCGCAGGAUGAGGGACCAGACUUCUGGUGUUGAGUGCCCCUGGAGGGUUUCUGCUGCAAAGUUGCCCGGAUGUCCGAGGUUUCAAAUUAAGAGGUUGAACGAGGAGCACACUUGUACUGUGGAUGAGCGUAGGGAUUUCACGAGACAUGCAACAUCAAAUCUCAUUGGAGAGAUGGUGAGGAGCAAAUAUGAUGGGGUGGGUUCAGGACCUAAACCGGGGUCUCUUAGGGAAUUUAUGCGCACGGACCAUCAAGUCCCCAUCACCUACUGGUAA